AACAUUGUGACUUCUCAGAUUAUUUGGGAAGGCAUAUGGAUGAACUGUGUGGUGCAGAGCACCGGGCAGAUGCAGUGCAAGAUCUAUGACUCCAUGCUGGCUCUCCCUCAGGAUCUCCAGGCAGCCCGAGCCUUGCAGGUCAUCUCCAUAAUCUUGGGCCUCUUGGCCAUUUUGAUCUCCAUCAUGGGAGCCAAGUGCACCAACUGCAUUGAGGAUGAGGGGACCAAAGCUAAGGUCAUGAUUGUGUCAGGGGUUACGUUCAUCCUUGCAUCCCUCAUGCAGCUCAUCCCAGUGUCAUGGUCAGCUAACACCAUCAUCAGGGAUUUCUACAACCCCCUUGUGCCUGAAUCCAGCAAGAGAGAGAUGGGAUCUUCCUUGUUUAUCGGAUGGGCUGCAACAUCUCUUCUGCUCUUCGGAGGAGCAAUUCUGUGCUGCUCCUGCCCACCAAAGGAAACUAAAUAUCAGCCAUCCAAGAUGGCUUACUCAGCAGCCAGGUCUGCCGCUCCGAGUGGCUAUGACAGGAAGGACUACGUCUGAACUUCUUGAACGGUCUUGAGGUUUUUCCUUCUUCGUCCUGCUUUAGCUGCAUACUUUGUUUUGCAAAAAGAAAAGAAAAUUCAUUGGACACCGAAAAGAAAGUCUGCAGUGAUGGCACGGAAACCUAAUCUAUUAACACAAGUGAACUGGAUUCCAUUUGCGAACAGUGGCAGAUCAGGAAUUGGAUGGUAUGAACUGAAAGGUUAUGGCUUGAUCUCACGUGAUACCUAGAUAUAACUAUAGCACCUAGAAAAACACUUGGAGGAAAUCUGCAUGUGUUGCCAUCACAUUUAAAAGAAAACUGUAUAUAAAAAAAAGAUGCAGCUACGUAAACUAUAUAAAAUAUAAAAUUGAUUUUGAUUUCACUAGUUCAGGGGUUUGUGAGAAAAGUGCGAAUGUGUUUGUUUACUGAUAACGAAGCACUUUAUAUAAAUAGUAAUGAUCAUACAUAUUUAUAUUUUUCUUACAGCUGUUCAUGAAUCCAUUGUUAUGUUGUACUAACUGGUUCAGUAAAUGCCUAAAUAAGAUAUUUUGGUUUUUAAUGUUGGUGAUAUAUAUUUAUCAAUUAUUAAAACAAACCUCACUAAUGUAGAAAGUGUACCGUUCCUGUGUAUAGUAAAGAUUGUGCUUUUUUAUCAUGUAAUAUUGCUAACUGGAUUGUUAUCUAUCUGUUUCUUGGAUCUAGUCUGAAAGUGAUUAUUCUAUUCUGUAUGUUUAAUAAUUCUUUAUUUGAAUGAAACAGUUUCUUAUUGUUUAAAAUAUUUUCUUUUGUACCAAUACUGUAAAUAAACA